AAAGCACUCAACAGAAAUACCAGAUGCCUCCGUCUUGAUGACUUCAUCUCAUCCCCUCUACUGUCGUAUUUCUUAUGACGACUUUGUCCACAUCUUCAAUAUACAUUCGUCUGGCUCUGUUUCCACAUCAAGGCGAGAUAUAAAGACAGAUAGCCCCCCUCCCGAUCAGUCAUUACGCUCCUGUCUGAUAGAAAGACUUGACCUUGGGUACCAAGAAAACCAAGGAAACUUAUUCCAUUCGUGGGCCUCUUUAAGUCAAGGAUGCCCCAACUCAGGCACAUCCUCUCCUUCGGGCCCCAUGUUUGCUUCAUUCCUUACGCUCCUUCUUCUUUCACCACCUCUGGAAGUUAUCGGUUCACUCAAAAGGUAUAAUGUGAAACAGAACUUACUUAUCACUGAGCCUGAGGAACAAUGUAAAUACUACUACUACCCCCCAGCCAACAAAGCCAGAUACAACUUCCCGCCCAUUUGGAAAGUUGCGAAGUUACUGGCGAACGACACGGAUGGUCAAGCUAAAUGGAAGGCGAUUGAGGAUUCAAUUCCAGCCGACGUAGCUGUGAAGACAAUGGAUUCGGGGGACUUUUCGAGUACCUUGAAAACUUAUUCGACCAGCGAUCCCGACUGUUGGUGGACUUCCCAUCAGUGUACUACACCCAAGCACCCCGGUAUUCCCGCAGAUAUUGCUACAGUUCCCGAACCUUUGACGACAGGAUAUGGUUUCGAUGACGGCCCAAAUUGUUCGAAUAAUGCGUUCUACGAUUAUUUGCGAAAGAAUAAUCAAAAAGCCACCAUGUUCUUCAUCGGGAGUAAUGUAUUGGGCUGGCCACUUGAAGCCCAGAGGGCGCUAUUCGACGGUCAUGAAAUUUGUGUUCACACUUGGUCACAUAGACAGAUGACUUCAUUGUCGAACGAAGAGGCUUUCGCCGAGCUGUGGUACAGUAAGUCUCUCGCAAUGCAAGCCAUCAAAACGAUUGUCGGAGUCACACCUACAUGUUGGAGGCCGCCAUUCGGUGACACUGACGACCGUAUUCGUGCUAUCGCUCACGGACUUGGACUCACCAACAUCUUAUGGAAGUGGGACACAUUCGAUUGGGAAGUUGGUCCUUCGAGUACCACUUCCCCUACGACAGUCGAUGAAAACUAUCAAGAAUUCAUUCAUGCGGCAAAGAAUGGGACUUUCGAUCGGGAAGGUGGAAUCCUUUUACUUCACGAGAGUUCCAAUUUCACCAUGUCGGAAGCUAUCAAGUUCUACCCGGCUAUGAAGGAUGCAUUUAAGCACAUCGUCCCUGUUGGCGUUGCAUUGAAUUGGACGCAACCUUACGUCGAGAAAGAAUUCUAUCAACCUUCGUUCUCUGAAUAUAUAUCCGGGAAUACAACGAAACCUCUACCUGCAGCCACGUUGAAGCGCUUUGGAGCUGGCGACAGGGUACGGCUGGAACUACCUGUCGCUUUGAUGGCGAGUCUACUAAUGUUCCUUCCGCUCUUACUAUGA